CGGUGGCUGAAGCGAUUGGACUGCGAGCGUCUCUCCCGACACUUUCUGUGGAAUUUGAAUUAUUUUGGCAGGGCACGGCUCGUGAUACACUGGUGACGGCAUACACGGGGCAUCUUCAGGGUCGCAGCGGUGAUCGCAGGGAGCUCAGCGAUGAAUAAGCUACGGCAGAGCUUCCGCCGGAAGAAAGACGUUUACGUGCCGGAGUCGAGUCGGCCGCACCAGUGGCAGACAGACGAAGAGGCGGUCCGCACCGGCAAAUGCAGCUUUGCAGUCAAGUACCUGGGACAUGUGGAGGUGGAUGAAUCCAGAGGCAUGCACAUCUGUGAAGAUGCAGUAAAACGGUUGAAGACGGACAGGAAAUUCUUCAAAGGAUUCUUUUCAAAAGCUGGGAAGAAGCCUGUGCGAGCUGUGUUGUGGGUGUCGGCAGAUGGUCUUCGUGUUGUAGACGACAAAACAAAGGACCUGAUUCUGGACCAGACAAUAGAGAAGGUGUCAUUCUGCGCUCCAGACAGAAAUUUUGAGCGGGCAUUCUCUUACAUCUGCAGGGAUGGCACCACACGACGCUGGAUCUGCCAUUGUUUUAUGGCCAUUAAAGACUCAGGAGAGCGUCUCAGUCACGCUGUGGGUUGUGCGUUCGCUGCUUGCCUGGAACGAAAACAGAAACGGGAAAAGGAGUGCGGGGUCACAGCAACCUUUGACACUAACAGAACCACUUUCACCCGUGAGGGCUCCUUUCGUGUUACUACAGCAACAGAGGCAGCAGAGCGGGAAGAAGUCAUGAGGCAGCUACAAGAUGCUAAAAAAGCAGAGACAGAAGUGAAGGUUGCUGGGAACUCAGCAGCGAGUGUGACAAACUCGUCAGUCCACCAGACGGGCGGUUCACCGUCCCCCUCAUCGUCCCCGCCUCUUUCAGUGCCCAUGCUGGGACCUCAGGCGAUACCCCGCAGACACGCACCAGUUGAGAUUCUCCACAGGCAGAGCUCCUUCAGAGGCUUCCCGGCACUCAGUCAGAAGACAUCUCCCUUCAAACGACAGCAGUCACUGCGCAUGAAUGACCUGCCCUCCACUAUGCAGCGCAAGUCUGACUUCCCCAUGAAAAACACAGUCCCUGAGUUAGAAGGAGAAGGUGACAGCAUCAGUUCACUGUGUACUCAGAUCGCCACGGCCUUCAGUGGACCGCCAGAGGAUCCCUUCUCUUCAGCGCCGAUGCCUAAACCGGCUUCAUCCCCACAGUCUCCUGUAGCACCGGUGAAUGGCACAACUCCUGCCUUCCCUGCUGCCACUACUGCUAACCCCUCAGUUCUCCCCCCUGCUCUGCCCGCUCGAGAAACUAACCCAUGGGCUAAAAGCCCUGCAGGUGCAACGGCCUCGGCACAGACAGGAGGUGACUGGUCAGCUCCUACUCCAGUGAUCGUUGUGCCCCCCACGUCUUCUCCAGCUAUUUCCUCCCACAAACGCACACCUUCAGAAGCAGACCGGUGGUUAGAAGAAGUUUCCAAAUCUGUUCGAGCCCCGCAGCCCAAUCCAAUCUUGGCAACUGCCUCGCCUCCUCCCCAGCCGUUCGUUGCCCCUGUGCCGAUGCCCGUGGCUUCUGUACCUUCUGGUCCCCCAGUGGCUUUUUUGCCCUCUAUACCCCCUCCUGUGCCCAUGUUGCCCCCUCGCCAGCCUGCCUUCCACGCUCAGGCUCCACCCUCCCACCCGAUGGCUAAUGGGCUGCCGUUUCCUCAGCCCAGCGUUCCUGUGUUUGGCAUCACUCCUUCACAGAUGGUGGCUAAUGUGUUUGGCUCAGCCACACAACCCCAGCCGUUCCCCGGCCCGGUCUCCACGACGCCCCAGCAUGACGCUCAGCCUGUCAGUAACAUCAGCCCAUUCAUCAAGCCUCCGCAGUCCACCACGGCAAUCCCUGCUCCCCAGCAGCCAUCCAGUGACAGUGUGACCUUUAACGGGGCGGACAGCUGGGCUGCUCCAUCUCGAAUCGCUCCAUCCUCCCCAUCCACACAGCCUCCCCCGCAGCAGGAAGAUGCCUUUGAGGCCCAGUGGGCAGCCCUGGAGGGCCGCUCACGCCAACGCACCACACCCUCCCCCACAAAUCCCUUCUCUACUGAGCUACAAAAAACCUUUGAGAUCCAGCUCUGAACACUAAGAUUGAAGUUAGAAAGAACUGGACGUUAAGGACUUGGAUUGGUUGAAUUGACUAAUUGACUAGAGCUCAGAAGGUUGUUCUGCCUCUCUCGCUCUCUGUUUUAGUGGAAAAUCUCAGUGGCGGCAGGGGGUGGGGGUUAAGCCUGUAGAGAACAGCGGGCAAAUCAGAAGGGAGCAGAACCCUGCAUGACAUUGAGAGAAGAAGAAGGCAAAAAACAAAAAUAAAAAACAGGGUGUAUCCCCCUUCUCCCCCUCCCUGAGGCAUUUCAUUGGCAUUGUCUGUAUUAUUUUGUUUCUGCUGUGGAGCGCAAGGUCGUCAUAACUCUGUGGAAUAUCUGUGCCGAGCCACUCCCAUCAGCUCCUCCACCUUCCCCAGGUGUGGCAGCUUCCUUCACUACCCCAGGCGUGGCAGCUCCCUUUCACAAAGUCCAGCUCCUAGCGCCCCCUGUUGGCAUGACAAGAUCUGUCAACUGGCAGAGGAAUGCAGCAGUACUGAGAGAACUCAGCUUCCAGAAUCUUAAGAAUAGAGCGAGACGAUGCCAAAAUCUUUAUUUUUAUGCAUUAAGUAUAUUUUAAAUAGCUUUGGAAUCUAACAGAAGAGUUGUAAGUAAUCUUGCCAAAGGCACAGGCUAGCUACAAUGAAUCGAGUUUGUUUGUGUAUACAAGAAAUGAUCGUAUAUAUUAUACAAAAAAUAUAUAUCUAUAAAGAAUCUAUACUGUACACAAAGCUCACAGCAGUGCUAAUUUUUAAUGUGAUGUAAAGAGAUUUUGUGAAGGGACAGCUGCUUUACUUUUGUGUUUAUUUGUUUUAUUUUUGAAGACAAGUCUCUUUAUUGCCGUCUGUUGCAUCCCGUGAUUGAUUGUUGCUGCAAUGAUACCCUAUUUACAGUGAGAUGCUUUACAUCCAAUGUGGACCUAGCGAUGGUGGUGGUGCCCGACUGGUUGCCUCUCUUACCUGUGCUCAGUUUUUAAUAGUUUUACUUCUUCUUCUGUCUUUAUUGUCAUUAUUUUUAUUUUCAUUUUGUGUGGUAACUAUCUUAUUUGUUUUUAUUUAACACGGUAGGAUGUGUCAUCUUGUUUUUAAUCCACCUCUUUAUUUUUUAAGUUUUAAGUUGGUAAUUUUAGUUCUUUUUUUUAAAAAAAAGUUUUUUAUGCACAAGCACUAAAGUAGAUGAUUCGACAUCACCUCCCAGGUGACCUCAAUCGCCGACGGUUUGUCAGUUGUGGUACUGCAGGAUCUGAGAAGCUGCAUGCUGACUUACCCUGACCUCCGUUAGACUGCUGUUGUUCUGACGGGCAGCAGAAAAAUGCAGGGAGAUAUUAAUGGUUUCAUCUCUCACUGUCUGUUUUUUUUUUUUUUUUUUUUUUUUUUCUUCUCUCUGUCAUGUUUUAUUUUUUUAAAUCAAACCUGUGAAUAUGAUCUAUUCUCUGAUCUAUUUUUCCAUUUUGUAAUUAUUUCAUUACUUCGUUCCACUUCUUUGGAAAAAUACUGAAGCUAAAAGAUUGAAUAAAUUUAUGGUGGUAGAGGAAAAAGUGGUGUGUGUUCUUGAUUAUAAGCAAUAUACACUUUAUGUGAGAAAUCUCUUAAUACGAAUGACUAAAUAUGAACUUCUUAAAUGAUUAGUUAAGUGAAAUUAUAGUCAUAGA